AAUGUUUCGUUUGCGAAAUGCGUCGAUUACCGUGGAUAAGAUGAUGUAUGGGGGCUGGCAAUCCUAGGUCAGCAUGCAUAACUACUGUUCUACCAUCCCUGGCUUUGUAUCAAUACUUAUGACAGUAUAGCCUCAUGUUCACCAGAUGUCAGUUACAAUCAUGAUGCUGCCGGUGACAACUGAUGCACCACCUUCAUGGGCGCAUCGAUUGACGCAUUUUCAGUGUGGUGCGGUUUGCAUCAGAUUCUACACUUACCAUUUAUGAUAUCAUAACCCGAGUGCAAUAUUCAUUUUCAUGGAAAUACUGUAGUUCUGUAUUCUAUGACUUGGAUACUCAACACUGUAUGGGAGGUCCUCGCACUGUGUCUUGCAGUCCGGAUUGCUGUAACACACUUCCGUGAACUGCGACGACAAUCAGUAGGAGGGAUUAUCGGGGACUGCUUCACGGUGUUAAUGAAAACUCACGUUGUUUACUUUGCGAGCUUUCUUGCCGUUUCUUGCUUCGAGACGGGCUAUGCGCUUUCAACAUUCUCAGUGGACCUAUACUCCCUGGGAACUCAGCUUUAUCUUGGUUUUGCUCAAAUUUUCGUGGUCGUGCAGAUGUUUGUGCUGGGACCACGCCUGAUCCUUGGUGUUCGAGAAUAUAACGCCACGCUUGUGGCCGACUCCGAUGCAGCAACCGCUAUGACUUCAAUUGCUUUCCAGGAGGGCGUGCAAGUGUCAACUAGCCGCAGUGUGUAACACAACACAUGCCCGGCGCGAUUAACGCUCGUCGGAUACUCUAAUAAGGUGCAGGAGAAAAUGAUUUUGUUCGGCAUUUCGUCGUGGUACUUGUAGUAUAAGCUGUUUAGUGUUCCAAAGUAUAUUUGAAAUCUAAGGUACAUACGUAAC